AUGCCGAAGCGCGAGGAGGAAUUCCAGAUGCAGACACCUGGUCCACAUACGGCGGAGCUCCAGCGCAGCUCCAUGGCUGGAGUUGCUACACAAGAUUGCAAAUUCAACACAGCAAUUGUUAUAUGGCAGAUUGUUACGAUAAGGCCCUUACUGAUGCGAUUGAAACGUUAUUAUACGACUGAAAAACCUCGACGUGGCGUUCGACCUCGACUAUCCCGGGACGUGCCUGCGGCUUUCAAGUAUCAGUCUGUCGUCUACCAGCGGGAAGUGAUAGUGGUAGCAUUGUGGAUUCUGGAGAAUGUAUUUUUAUCAUUCUGGUGCACUUGUUCAGAGGAGCCGAUUUCUCCCCAACGACUUCAAUGGCAGAAUGACAAUAUUCACUGGCCUCCAGUAGAAUUACGUUUUGCAGUGAUGUAUGUUUGGAUCCAAUAUGCUCGAGAAUUAGGUGGAGUUAACUAA